GGGAACCCGGUGUAGCGCGGUUCGCCCGACGGCGCGGUGUUCGCAUCGGGCCGUGUGUUCCGUUCCGUUCCGACUCCUUCGCAGUUUCGGCAAUUCGGCGCACUGGACGCGCGCGGCGGAGAAAGGAGAACCGAACAUCUGGCGGGACCUGUCAGUCGAGAAGGGCACCUCGUUCGCCCUUCAGGUCAUCGUGUGUGACGAAGGGUCGCACGCCGACGUCAUCCCUCUCUCUCUCUCUCUCCCUUCCCGUCGCCGUCUCCUUCCGUCCCACUCUCUUUCUCUCUCUCUCUCUUUCUCGCUACCCGUCCCCGUCUCCACCGCCGGAAGAUGUUGGGCCUGGUCUGCCGUCAGACGUUGCUGGCGAAUACCCAAAAAGUCGGCACCAGGUACCUGGGAUCGAUAGUUCCGGUGUCGAACCCGCCGGACUUUCCAUUGGAGAAUGAACCGGUUCUCAGCUACAAGAAGGGCAGCCCGGAAAGAGCGGAGUUGGAGAAGGUCUUGGAUAAGAUGAGCAAGGAAUGCGAGGAGGUGCCGUUAGUUAUCGGAAAUGAGGAGAUCAAGACCGAUCUGUGCAGAUAUCAAGUCAUGCCGCACAAUCACAAGGAAAAAGUCGCCAAGUAUUACUGGGCGACGCCGGAGCUCGUGAAGAAGGCGAUCGACGUCGCGGUGAAGGCGCAACGAGAAUGGGAGAAGCGGCCGAUCGAGAAACGUCUGGAGAUGUGGUUGAGGAUAGCGGAUCUGAUGGCGACCAAGUACAGGCAAAAUCUCAACGCUGCCACUAUGCUCGGCCAGAGCAAGACUGUGAUCCAGGCGGAGAUUGACAGCGCGGCGGAGCUGAUCGACUUUUUCAAGAUGCACGCGUAUUUCGCCAAGGACAGCCUCAAGUAUCAGCCGAUCUCGCCGGAUCAGCAGACUCGCAACUCGAUUAGGUAUCGCGGCAUGGACGGUUUCGUCGCGGCGGUAUCGCCUUUCAACUUCACCGCCAUCGGUGGUAAUCUCAGCUACACGCCCGCACUGAUGGGUAACGCUGUGCUCUGGAAGCCGUCCGACACCGCGUUAUUAUCCAACUGGUGGAUCUUUAAGAUAUGCAGAGAGGCCGGGGUGCCGCCCGGCGUGGUGAAUUUCAUUCCCUGCGAGGGACCCGUGUUCGGUGAUACCAUCACGUCCUCGCCUCACCUCUCCGGUCUCAACUUCACCGGCUCGGUACCGACGUUCAACCGUUUGUGGGCUCAGGUCGGUCAGAAUCUCGCCAAGUACAGGAACUACCCGAAAUUGAUCGGCGAGUGCGGCGGCAAGAAUUAUCACUUCGUCCACUCGAGUGCCGACGUGGAAACGGUCAUCAAUGCGACGAUAAAAAGCGCGUUCGAAUUCAACGGACAGAAGUGUUCCGCUUGCAGUAGAAUGUACGUGCCGGAGUCUCUAUGGAGCAAGAUAAAAGACGGCCUCUUGGCUCUUCGUCAGAAACUCACAAUCGGUGAUGUUCGAGACUUCACUAUAUUCACUGGCGCCGUUAUAGACGCCGUCGCGUUCAAACGGAUUUCCGGUUACAUCGAGUACGCGAAGAAAUCGCCUAAGAUGGAAAUUCUUGGCGGUGGGGGCUACGACAAUUCGUGCGGAUAUUUCAUCGAACCGACAAUAGUACAAUCCAAAGAUCCGAAAGAAAAACUCAUGACGGAAGAAAUAUUCGGUCCGGUACUAACGAUAUACGUUUACAAAGAUUCCGAGCUGGACGAGACGGUGAAGCUGGUGGAAACAUCUACGCCUUACGCCUUGACAGGCGCAAUAUUCGCGCAAGAUGAAAAAUGGGCGAGAAAGGCACUCGAGGACUUUAAGUACACUGCCGGUAAUUUUUACGUCAACGACAAAUCUACCGGAUCGGUAGUCGGUCAACAACCGUUCGGCGGCAGUCGAAUGUCUGGUACAAAUGACAAAGCCGGCGGUCCUCACUACGUUCUUCGCUGGGCAUCCCCGCAGGCUAUUAAGGAGACCUUCGCGCCUUUACGGGAAUACGAUUAUCCGUACAUGAGAGCCUAAACGCGGGCCGCUCGUUGUUAAUUCGGCGUGAUUAAUCCGGUAAUUUCGAUAAUUGCCCGACAGUCGCGCGUCACAAACCGAGAAACAUUUAUAUUUACGAUAUCUGAUCGGGAAAGAAACAUGCCGGGGCAUAUACGGUGGCAUUACUACGCUCUGCUGCUUUAACUCAACGAAGUCGAGACAACAAGAAAACGUUCAGUCCACCACUCAAAUGAGGUAUCAUAGAAAUGCGUAAAAAAUUAAUGGAUUUAUGAGAAUAUAACUUUUAAAGUAAGCUCUAACACAUUCAGAAUCAGCAAAAAGAAGCUCGAAAUUUCGAUUAUAGAAGCGAACACGAUGAAAUAAACGCGUGAGAUAUGUUUUCUAAGAUAAAAAAACUUCACCUGAUUAAGAUUCUUGUUCCACGGUAUGUUCUUUUAAUUCGCUUCCUGUGAUCGCGUAAUUAAAUAAAAUUAUUUAAUAGAGAAUAUAAUUAGAUGGAACAACAAAAAGUAUUGUAUACCGUGUGAUAAGGUCCUAAUAUGCCGAGUUAAUUGAACGUACAGAAGUUGAGAAAACGAUUUAGGAGUUUUCCUCGAUAGGAAGCAUAGUAAGUUCGCGAGCGCAGAUUUGCGAUGCACAAUAGAGACACGACUAGAUUCCUAGAUGAGCCAGCGUUAAAAAGAGAGGAAGGUCAAGGAUCGCAACAACUGCACACUUAAUCGCCUUCUAAUGUUCCGUUGACAUCGCCUCGCGACCAAUAGGGAAUUCCAGUGCGACGAUCCUCCCGUGAUCGAUCCUGUUAGCCACGGACGUUGCUCCGUAAGCCGUCAAACACGCCUGUCUCGAUUACUCGCCGCCAGUACAUUACCAAAGUAUUAUCCGAUGUGCAUUUCGGAAACGUGUGAUCUCAUCACCGUGUGCCCGAUGUAUCCUCUCUCUUUCUCUCUCCCGCUCUCUCAGUACAAUAACAUUUUUAUAACUCAGGUAUCGCAUCAGACCGAUCGAGGAGGAACGCGAGCACAGCGUUUGUUCGCGGUGCGCGAUCGUACCGCGAAAAAGAGGUACCCUUCAUGUCUCAUCGAGUCACAUCCGUGAUAUUGGAUAACACGUCGUUGUCAACAAGUGUCCUCAAUGUCGACGGAGUAGAAUAAACAUUGUUAUCAAUGUGAUCAAUAAAGCUUCAGCUUGGACCCCGUUUUAAGGUGCGAUAUUACCUACGUUGUGAAUGAUGGAUUCUUUUUUUUUUUUUUUACUACUAGGGAGAUUGUAAUGGGUAACGCAGUUUCGGCGACUCUCUCAGUUCCUUUCUAACGUGUACUAUGUAAGAUUGUAUAUGUGGAAGGCGCGAUCCCUCUGUAAUAACUGAGGCAUCUUCAGCGUUUAUACGUAUUCCCAGAUUUUUGAUCAUCGAUCGUCCUAUAAUAUUGUUGAUAAUGUGACUGAGACGGGAUGUUUCGAGAGUCGAUGGAUAAUCGCCGAGGGCGUAAUAAUUGACAAUAUGUUAUAUAUUGUGGCAAGUGUUAUAGCAUUAUUUAAGUGUACAAUAGCAAUAAAAAAAAGCAAACAUAAAUUUA